AUGGACUCAGACCCAUAUUCGGUACACUCAUCGUUUAGGUUUAGUCUUUGCUCGCAACUAGAGCUUGAGAAGAUGAAAAAGGAGGAACCUUCUUCGUCGUCUUCUUGUCAGAAUUUUCCGGUGUCUGAAAGAUCGGCGACGGUUCUCCUAGUGAAUCUUGAGAAUGAUACAGAGAAAUCGACGGAGGAGAUGAAUUGGUCAAAGUCUCUUUCGCUUGAGAAAGGUAUUUCUCCGGUAGCUAAUACUUUGGUCAGGUUUAGUUACAGCGAAAUCGUCACCGCCACUCGCAAUUUCUCAAAAGGGAGAGUGUUGGGAAGAGGAGCUUGCAGCUACGUGUUUAGGGGCAAAAUGGGGUUUUGGCGUAAAGCAUUGGCUAUUAAGAGACUUGACAAGGAAGAUAAAGAAACUCCAAAGUCGUUCUGUAGAGAGUUGAUGAUUGCAAGCUCUCUUCAACACCAAAACAUUGUGCCUCUUCUAGGGUUUUGUAUCGAUCAAGAACAAGGGCUUUUCUUGGUGUACAAGUAUGUCUCUGGUGGUAGCCUUGAACACUAUUUACACGAUAAGAACACCUCGUUGUGCCUUCCUUGGUCCGCAAGGUACAAGAUUGCCUUAGGCAUUGCAGAUGCUAUAGCCUAUUUACAUAGUGGCACCGAUCAAUGUGUUGUGCAUAGAGACAUUAAACCUUCCAACAUUCUUCUUUCAUCAAACAAAAAGCCAAAGUUGUGUGAUUUCGGGUUAGCGACUUGGACAGCUGCGCCAUCGGUUUCUUUCCUCUGUAAGACCGUGAAAGGAACAUUUGGCUAUCUAGCUCCUGAGUAUUUCCAACACGGCAAGAUAUCUGACAAGACCGAUGUUUACGCGUUCGGAGUCGUGUUGCUUGAGUUAAUAACAGGUCGUAAACCAAUUGAAGCAAGAAGACCAUCUGGUGAACAAAAUUUGGUAGUUUGGGCGAAACCAUUGUUGCAUAGAGGAAUGGAAGCUAUGGAGGAGUUGAUUGAUCCAACGAUGAAAUGUAAAAGAAGAAACUCAGUUUCGAUAGAUCGAAUGAUUCGAGCUGCAGAAGCUUGUGUGAUCAAUGAGGAGUCUCGUAGACCUGUGAUGAAGGAGAUUCUUUCAAUCUUGAAAGGUGAUGAAGUGAAAACACUAGAGCUAAUGACGAUUUCGAGUCGGAAGAAAUCGAAGAAUCUUUCGGGUUUAAUCGACUGUUAUCCGCAGUUGCAACGAACAAAAUCUGAGAUGAAGAGUCAUCUUGCUCUUGCCAUGCUUGGAGUAACGGAGUUUGAAGAGUAUGAUUGUUUCUAG